AUGACUUAUCAAAUAUUAAUUAUAGUACUGCUACCAAUUAUUGCAAUAACUAAUCUAAUUAUAUUCAAAACCCAUUUUCUACAUAUUCUAUUAUGCUUAGAAGCGCUAACCCUUAGGAUACUACUUUAUCUAUCUUUUUUCAUAACUUUAUUUAAUACACAAGUACCAUUACUUAGAGUAGUUAUAUUAACCCUUGGAGCAUGUGAGGCUAGGCUAGGGCUAACAUUACUAGUUAUUAUAGUACGUCUAUAUGGAAAUGAUAUAAUUAAAAAUAUUUCUCUGAGAAAAUGCUAACAAUUUUUCUACCACUAUUAAUUAUACUAGCAAUAUCUAAGUAUUUCAAAUACUGAUCACUAUUAAUUUUUAAUUUAAUAGUAAUAUCAUGCUAUAUACUACUAAAUAUGUCCUAUUAUAACGGAUUUAUAAUCUCUAGAUUAACAAUGGUAGAUAAACUAUCAACCCCGCUCAUUAUUCUAACAUUUUGAAUCUCAGCCAUAAUAAUUUUAGCAAGAUACAAAAUUAAUCAAACAAAAAAUAGGGGGGAAUACUUUAUUAUCACUGUUAUAGUGCUUAAUUUUAUCUUAUUUUUAUGUUUUUCCUCGUCCAAAAUCCUGUAUUUUUAUGUGUGAUUUGAGACCUCAUUAAUCCCAACAGCAAUUUUAAUCAUAAAGUGAGGGUAUCAACCAGAACGAUUACAAGCUAGACUAUACCUAAUUAUAUACACAGUUCUAGCAUCCCUACCAAUACUUGUAUGCUUGCUUAUAAUCACCUAUUAUUCUAAUAGGUCAAACUUUAUAAUACAUAGACAACUAAUUUACCCAUUCUAUAAUAAAUAUUUAUGACUACUGUGUAUUAUAGGGUUCCUAGUAAAACUUCCAAUAUAUUUAACUCAACUUUGAUUACCAAAAGCUCAUGUUGAAGCACCAGUUGCUGGAUCUAUAAUUCUUGCAGCCAUUCUACUUAAACUUGGUGGGUUUGGCCUAUAUCGAAUAUCUAGAAUAUUCCCAUGAAUAAGAAUAAGGGUCUCAUCUAUUGUUAUAAGAAUCUCAUUGAUUGGGGGGUAAUCACAAGAAUCAUCUGCUUACGCCAAUCUGACUUAAAAUCAUUAAUUGCUUACUUCUCUGUCGGACACAUAGGAUUACUGAUCGCAGGUAUAAUAUCAUCAUCUAAAUGAGGAGCAUUAGCCAUAAUAAUUGCUCAUGGAUUUAGCUCAUCUGCACUAUUUAUUAUAACCAAUAUAAACUAUGAUUUAGUAAAAAGACGAAGUAUCUAUAUUUCAAAAGGAGCAAUCAUUUUUGCCCCUAUCUUGUCAUUAUGGUGAUUUAUCUUUACUAUUAUCAAUAUAGCUGCACCACCAUCAAUUAACUUAAUAAGAGAAAUUUUACUUCUAACAUAAAUUAUUUCAUAUUCAGAUUUGUCUAUAAUUAUACUAGGUCUAAUCAGAUUUCUAACUGCUGGGUACUCAUUAUACAUAUAUACCAUAAUUAAUCAUGCUAAUACAAAUAAAUACCUAUUAAUUUAUCCAAAAGUAAACAUUAAAGACUAUCUUCUUUUAACUUUACACUUAUUCCCAGUAUUACUUUUGAUUUCUAAGCCUGAAUUAAUCUUGUAAAGAUAUAGUUGAAAAGCAACAUUAAAUUGCAGAUUUAAGAGUAUAUUAAUAUAUUAUCUUUU